UCAUAUUCAUGCAAAGGUGCCACGCCGCCCACCUCACCACAUCGCCUAUCUUGACUUCCACCAUCCUAGACUAUUUACAUGCAUCACCAGAAAACAUACACGCUGCCACGCGUCCCAUCCAUCACUCCUUAAGUACACAAACUCACAAAGCCUAACUCUUCUCUGAGCUUCAACACUCAACACUCUUUUAUCUUCCACUUUGAUCAUCAUCCACACAAAGCUGUGAAACCAAAAAUGGCUGAUCAAUCAAAACCAAUGAGCCAAAGGUUCCAAGAGUCUGCCCCGACUUCACGCCAGGCCGUGAAUUUCUUGACCGCAGUGACAAUUGGUGCUACACUGUUAUUCUUGUCCGGGUUAACCUUGACCGGGACUGUGAUUGCACUGAUCACGGCAACCCCAGUUCUAGUCCUAUUUAGUCCUAUUCUAGUUCCAGCUGGGAUAGUCAUAUUCCUGGUUGCAACAGGUUUCCUAUUCUCUGGUGGGUGUGGCGUGGCGGCGAUAACAGCACUGUCGUGGCUAUAUAAUUAUCUAACCGGACAGCACCCUAUAGGGGCAGAUAAACUGGAUUAUGCGAGGAUGAGGAUCGCGGAUAAGGCUAGAGAUGUUAAGGAGAGGGCUAGAGAUUAUGGGCAGUAUGUGCAGCAAAGGGGUCAAGAGGUUACUCAGGGUUAAAUGAAAUAUAUGGUGGUGGGUUCUGGUUUUAGGGAGGUGUAAUUUUGUGUUUGUAAGCUUUGUUGGGUGCUGUAUUGUCUUUGUUUACUUGAAUCAACAAAAUGUGGCGUGUUUUUGUUUUUUUUUAUUUGUACUGGACCUUGGUGCCUCACUUUCAGCUGAGGGUUUGGUUUGUUAAUAAGUUCAUAUGUGGCUGGGGAUUUUCUUGUUCAAAACUUUUUGACAGAUUGCGUCCCACUGUAUAUGGUUUCUGUAUUUGGUAGUUUGUACUUUCUAGUUGUGAA